AUGGCGGAGCGCUGGGGUCGCGUCCAGCCUGGUUGGGGUCCGGCUGCUCUGGCCUUUGUGGAUGGAUGGGUGGGUGGGUACCGUGAGAGUACACCAUCGGCAGCUGACCCUGCUACCCCGGUCUGUGCUGAGGUGCUGCGGCAUUCGGGGCUUGUGUGGCAGGAGCUGCCGUGCCUCUGGGAGCUGGUCACGUUUGCUCAUGCAGGAGCAUUCCAGGGUCAACUUGAGUCAACAACAAACUCUACACUGAAACAGGUUUACAACUUAGGAGCAUCUCAGUAUAUUGAGGAGAGAUUGCUGCCAGCAUACAGAGCUCGGGAGCAGAGAGCAGUGAAGAACAAUUUCCCCUUUUCUUCUCAUGACAACAGACACUGUCUGCACAACUUUGGAGAGUAUUUUGAUUUUGGCAUGGGCCGGAGGAAGGCAGAACCAGAAAGACAGCAACAGAACUCACAGAACUUCCAGCUAUGGGCUCAUGAAGCAGUUCCUAGCGACAAGGAUGACUUAACCAUUUAUCAGACAUCAUUUGUGAAAAAUCAAAAAGCUGAGGGCCCAUUUUAUCGGCGGUAUCCAAAACACCACUCAGAAAAAUGGUGCAGUGGCAAACAUGCUCCUGAGAGUGAAAAAAAGGUGCAGCCAAACAAGUCACCUUGA